AUGGAAAUCCGUUUUUCCGAUCCCUUCGACUAUCGGGCGUAUUUUGUGCGAGCGACUCAGUUUCUGCAAAAAUACAAGUGGAUAUUCCGCUUCAACAACACCCAAUUUAUCAGAAAAGGCGUACUGGAUGCACUCCCCACGGAAUGGAUUCACGAUCUGCACUCCGCAACACCGGAGGAAUUCCGCCGCUUACCGCUCGGAUACGUUUCCGAUUCAUGGUCACCGUCCUUUCGCGAAUUCCUGUUGGAGCGCAACAACUUGCUGGUGGAGUAUGAGCGGCACGAAGGAGGUGGAGCCCCCAAGAAUGCCCCCAAAGGAAUCGGGAUAAAAAAGGCGUACGAAAUCGAUUGUUUCGAAUCUUUCGUCGGAACUCUCUCGUCGCUCCGGUCUAGCGUUUUCAUCGAGUAUGGGAGCGGAUUGGGAUAUCUUAGUCAGCACCUGCACGAAAGGCACGGGCAGAAGGUGCUCGGUGUGGAAGGCAAUCCGCAGCGGGUAGAAACGAGCCUCCGUCGUCAAAGCGGACUCUACCCAUCCUCGAAGGAAGCCGUCCGCUACGCGAAUCACAUAAUAACCGAAGAAUCGAUCGUCUACCUCCAGGAAAUGGUUGCUAAGCAUUUCUCCGGCGAUCCCGCUCCUACAACGACGAUUGUCGGAUUACAUGCUUGUGCCGAUCUUUCGGUCACGGCGCUGCGGCACUUCCUUCACUGCCCAACCGUACAAGAGCUGAUUAUAGCGCCGUGUUGCUACCACAAAAUGAAGAUCGAACCGGAUGGACAAACGUUCACCAACGUCCCACUGAGCGAGGAGCUUGCGGCUGCGAUGGAUUUGGCUAAAGGGGACUUUAUCAGUCGAUCCUUCCUUCGCUUGGCCUGCCAACAGACGGCUGCUCGAUGGAAAACGAUGACCGUCGAGGAUCACCAGCAUCAUGGCCAAGUCAUGUUUCGUCGAGGACUUGUUGAUGCUAUCCUGGGUGAAAGAGAAUCAGUAAAGGUUACCAAAGCGAAACGGAUACCGACGGAAACGACGAGGGAUGGGUUUCUGACGCAUUUCACGCUUCAAAAGGACACUAAUGGGUCGCUUGAGGAAGCGGAAUGGACGGAUGCUCAUCGACACAGAUUGGCAGUCUUGCUUAGCAAGUAUCCCGACGGAGAUCGACUGGCAGAAUACAUCGAAUGUCUUCAAACCUGUCUCCAGUUGAUUUGCGAAAACCUCAUCAUACUGGACCGAAUGUGCUACUUGGAGAGUAUGUGCGCACGGAAUGGGCAGCGAAUAAGCAGGAAGUUGGUUCGAUUGCGAAAUGAAGGACUAACUCCUCGAUGCUUUAUAUUUUAUGCCGCCAAACUAUCAACAGAGGACGAUGAAAUAAAGGCUUUAUGAUACACAGUGAAACUCAA